AUGGUGGCCACUCCAGACUCCUCCCGCGUGCCUGCGUGGAAAAAGCUAGGCCUCAAGCUAAAGCACGCAAAUGACGAAAGUCCAGCUGCACACUCCCCUUCCUCUUCCAAAAAGAGAGUUCGUGAUGAGGAAGGCGCCGGCAAAAGCGAGUUGAACGACCAAUCAACCGGAGCACCUUCGAAGAAAUCAAAGAAGAGGAAGACCGCGCCAGCUGAGGAACCCACUUCGCCUUCCGACGAGCCCUCCAAAAAGGAAAAGAAGGAAAAGAAAAAGAAAUCCAAGGAGACAGUGCUUGCCACACCGGUCAAGUCUCUCCAGCGGAAGAAGUCCGUGAGCUUCACUCCCGACACUAAGAAAUCCGACGGUGAUAGCGGCCAACAGCUGUUCCGCGCCUGGGUCAAGUCUCAAGAUGGAUCCUCGACUGAAGACGGCAUUGUCCCGAGUACCGAAUCAGCAGUCGAGGACUCUCCGGCCGACGAAUCGAAGCCGGAGCCUUCGAAAAAGGACCUGAAGAAGGCGAAGAAGGACCAGCGCAAUGCCGCCAGAGCCGCCGAGGCCGCUCAACAGGAGAAGCAAGCCCUGCCUUACGUCUCCUACUUGCAGCAAUACCAUUCAGACCGCUCAAACUGGAAGUUCAACAAGAAGCACCAAGUCGAUCUUCUCAAGAACCUCUUCAACCUUUUUCGCGUCCCAGCAUCCUACGACCCGGCCGUUGAGGCAUACAUUGCCGGCCUCAAAGGCGCUGGUGCGCGCUAUCGCCUAAAGGAGCAGGCUGAGGGAAUUCUAAAGGAGGCGUCCAAUGAGUCCAAGGACGAUCCUGCCAAGCGCCACCGUGCCGAAGAGGUGCUGAAGGCUCUUGGCCAUGUGGAUGAGCCGCCUGCCGUGGUCAGCAAAACAAUUCAACCGCCGAAGGAGGCCGAGGCUCCUGAGGACAGCAACAAGAAGCGCGCGCGCCCUCGUAAAUCGCGUACCGUGGACGUCAGCAGCAGCAGCGAGGAUGACAGCUCUAGUGAUGAGAGCUCGGUUGUGUCAAGCAGCUCAGAGGAGCCCAGCUCCGACUCUGACUCGAGUUCCAGCUCUGAUUCCGAUUCCGAUUCUGACGCGGAUUCCGACUCUGACUCCGACUCUGAUAGUUCAAGCAGCGAUGAUUCGGAUUCAGGGCCGCAGACUCAGGCUCGCAAGAAGAGCAAGAAAGAUGACAGUAGCGACACCAGCGACACCAGUAGCGACAGCGACUGA